AUGCGAUAUUGUGAUGCAUGUGGAAGUGAUGUUUUGGGGUUUGUUUAUCACUGUAAGAAAUGUGGUUUUGACUUGCACCCAUGUUGUGCAAAUCUUCCACAAGUUUUAGAUGAUGGUAAACAUAACCUUUACUUAUCUGUUAAGAUCUCAAGUUCUUGUCAUCGAUGUGGUGGUAAAGGAUCUGGCUGGGCUUACAGAUCUGAAUGCAAGAACUAUAAUCUUCAUGUAUCAUGUGUUAAGCAAAUGCUUCUAGAGAACUGGCAGGCCAUGUACUUCAAAGUUGACCAGAACAAAGUUAGAGAGAUACAAACAAGAAUUCCGUAUCUGAAAGGAAACGUGAAGAACUAUCGUAACGGAGGGAAAAGCAGUAAAGUGAAGAGGUAUACUCAGAUGGCAGGUAAUGCAGUCAGUAUUGUAGGAUCCGUGAUUCUCGGUGAUCCAACAGCUAUAAUUGCAGCUGCUGUUAAUGGUUUCAUAUCCAAGGCAUAA